CAAGUGGGCGUAGUGAUCAGUCUGCUCGUGCCAGAGUUGGACAACGGAGCGGUUGUCUUUGCUUGUCGACUUAACCACGUGUGUGCAAAUCAGUUUUACGCGAUGAAAGCCGUUCUAGUUCUCGAAAAUGGAGCUUUCUUUAUCGGCCAACACUUUGGUGCUCCUGUCAACACGUCUGGCGAAGUCGUAUUUCAAACGGGUAUGGUGGGAUAUCCCGAGUCGCUGACGGAUCCAUCUUAUUGUGCUCAAAUCCUCGUGCCAACGUAUCCAUUGAUUGGAAAUUAUGGAGUGCCCAGCAAAGAACUCGAUGAGUUUCAGCUUCCAAAAUGGUUUGAAUCGCGUCGAAUUUGGGCAGCUGGGCUCAUCGUGUCUGAGCUGUGUGAAGUACCCAGCCAUUGGAGUCAGGAUCAGACACUCGAUAGCUGGCUAAAGAAUGAAGGAAUACCAGGCAUUAGCGGCAUUGACACUCGUCAGUUGACGCAAAUGAUUCGUCAAAAAGGCACCGUACUCGGAAAAAUUUUACUGGGCGAAGCCAUUCCAAAAGAAUUGAGCGGAUGGGAUGACCCUAAUCGUCGCAACUUGGUGGAAGAAGUUUCGAUUAAGACACCACAAACGUACAAUCCUGAAGGCAGCCCUCGGAUUUGUGCUAUCGAUUGCGGACUUAAAUACCAUCAGCUGCGAUGCUUCUUAUCUCGAGGAGCACGGGUUGAUCUUGUCCCAUGGAACCAUCCGUUAAAUCCCUCCGAGUACGACGGAUUGUUCAUCAGUAACGGUCCUGGCGAUCCUUCGCAAUGUGAAGAGACAAUUGGCAAUCUUCGCCGCUUAUUGUCAUCUAGCACCAAACCCAUCUUCGGCAUUUGUCUUGGGCACCAACUUCUGGCGCUAGCUGCACAGUUCACCACUUUCAAAAUGAAGUACGGCAAUCGGGGUGUCAAUCAGCCAUGUACACAUGAAGGCACUGGCAGAUGUUUUAUCACUUCUCAAAAUCACGGUUUCGCUGUCAAAGCGGACCAACCCUCUGAUCCAGAAUGGUGUCCACUAUUUACCAACGCCAACGAUGGUACAAAUGAAGGCAUCGUUCAUAAAACGUUACCGUUUUUCAGUGUCCAGUUCCAUCCCGAACAUAUGGCUGGACCUGAGGACUUGGAAGAUUUAUUCACAGUGUUUUUGGACGCUGUCAACAAUUCACGAGUUGGAAACAUGGUUCCUUGUGUACAAGAACGCAUCCAGCAGUAUCUCGCCGCUGAUUGUGUGCCAGCUCCCAGGUCACUUGACGGAAUUUGUAAACCCAGAAAAGUGUUACUCCUUGGAUCCGGUGGUCUGUCUAUUGGCCAGGCCGGUGAAUUUGAUUAUUCCGGUUCGCAGGCCAUCAAGGCCUUAAAAGAAGAAGGUAUCCAUUCUAUCUUGAUCAAUCCGAACAUAGCCACUGUGCAGACAUCGAAAGGUAUGGCCGACAAGGUCUACUUUCUGCCAAUCACGCCGCAUUACGUCAAGCAGGUGAUACGUCAAGAGCGACCUGAAGGAAUCCUUUUGACCUUUGGUGGUCAAACAGCCCUCAAUUGCGGAAUAGAAUUAAACAAGUCCGGAGUUUUGGAAAAAUAUGGGGUUAAAGUACUUGGCACUCCUAUUCAAUCCAUCAUCGAGUCUGAAGAUCGUAAACUAUUUUCCGAAAAAGUUGCCGAAGUUGGAGAAAGGGUAGCUCCUAGUGCGGCAGCCUAUUCUUUUGAAGAGGCACUUGAAGCUGCUGAAAAACUGGGCUAUCCCGUACUUGCUCGGGCAGCUUAUACGCUUGGUGGAUUGGGCUCUGGCUUUGCCGACAAUCCUGAACAACUGCGUUCUCUGGCACAAUCAGCGUUCGCCCAUUCCAAUCAGUUGAUUAUCGAUAAAUCCUUGAAAGGAUGGAAAGAAGUAGAGUACGAAGUAGUUCGCGACGCCUACAACAAUUGCAUCACUGUUUGUAACAUGGAGAACGUCGAUCCGCUUGGCAUCCAUACCGGAGAGUCUAUUGUCGUUGCGCCCAGUCAAACAUUGACCAACCGAGAAUACAACAUGUUACGGACAACGGCCAUCAAAGUAGUCCGCCAUUUGGGUGUCGUGGGUGAAUGCAACAUCCAAUACGCUCUCAACCCCAACUCUCAAGAAUACUACAUCAUCGAAGUUAAUGCUCGUCUAUCACGCAGUUCAGCCUUGGCCAGCAAAGCCACUGGCUAUCCUCUUGCCUACAUCGCAGCUAAAUUAUCCCUAGGUAUCCCACUGCCUAUUUUACGUAACUCGGUGACGGAGUCCACAACCGCCUGUUUCGAGCCGAGUAUGGAUUAUUGUGUCGUCAAAAUUCCGCGUUGGGAUUUGAGCAAGUUUAUGCGUGUCAGCGCAAAAAUUGGAAGUUCCAUGAAAAGCGUAGGAGAAGUCAUGGCUGUCGGUCGUCGAUUUGAAGAGGCAUUUCAAAAAGCAAUGCGGAUGGUAGAUGAAAAUGUCUUAGGCUUCGACCCCAAUCUCAACAUAGUCUCGGACGUCGAGCUAGAGAGCCCAACCGACAAGCGCAUGUUCGUCCUAGCUGCAGCUCUUAAACGAGGUUACACCGUGGAUCGACUUUACGAGUUGACCAAGAUCGAUCGUUGGUUUCUUGUGAAAAUGCAAAACAUCAUUGGUUGUUAUAACAAUCUCGAAUCGCAAAGCGAGAAAGAAUUAACCAGUGAACUCCUCCUCGAAGCCAAGCAGAUGGGUUUCUCGGACAAGCAAAUCGCUUCGUGUAUAGGAAGCACUGAGCUGGCAAUCCGGAGCAAGCGAGAAGAAUACGCGAUAACGCCGUUUGUCAAGCAAAUCGACACAGUAGCUGCUGAGUGGCCGGCGCAUACGAACUAUCUGUACUUGACGUAUAAUGGUAGUUCCCACGACUUGACUUUCCCCGGAGGGUACACGAUGGUUAUCGGAUCUGGCGUAUACAGGAUUGGUAGCUCAGUUGAAUUUGAUUGGUGCGCAGUUGGGUGUUUGAGAGAACUUCGCAAUCUUGGACGAAAAACCGUUAUGAUCAAUUACAAUCCGGAGACAGUUAGCACAGAUUAUGACAUGUGCGAUCGACUGUAUUUCGAAGAGAUCACUUUUGAGGUCGUCAUGGAUAUCUACACGAUGGAGGCUCCUGAAGGCGUUAUUCUCAGUAUGGGAGGUCAAUUGCCCAACAAUAUCGCCAUGGAACUCCAUCGCCAACGCGCCAAAAUCCUCGGAACACUCCCGGAGAGUAUUGAUUGCGCCGAAAACCGUUUCAAGUUUUCGCGGAUGCUCGACCGUAUCGGGAUCUUGCAGCCCAGAUGGAAAGAAUUAACAAACUUGAAACUGGCUAUUGAAUUCUGCGAAGAUGUCGGUUUCCCUUGCCUAGUACGACCGUCGUACGUCCUGAGUGGUGCGGCCAUGAAUGUCGCGCACACACCGCAAGAUUUAGAAACGUAUUUGAGUAAAGCUAGCUCUAUUUCUAAAGAGCAUCCUGUUGUCAUUUCCAAGUUUAUCCUUGAGGCCAAGGAAAUCGAUGUUGAUGCUGUCGCUCAAGAUGGGCAGUUGCUUUGUAUGGCCGUAUCGGAACAUGUUGAGAAUGCAGGUGUGCACUCUGGUGAUGCAACUCUUGUAACUCCGCCUCAGGAUCUCAACAACGAGACACUGACCAAAAUUCAAAAUAUAUGCCGCGCCAUCGCGAUGUCUUUGGAAGUCUCGGGUCCAUUCAACAUGCAACUCAUCGCCAAGGAUAACGAAUUGCAGGUUAUAGAGUGUAAUCUGAGAGUGUCGCGUUCGUUUCCUUUCGUUUCCAAAACGCUCGAGCAUGAUUUUAUUGCCAUGGCCACUCGGGUGAUAGUUGGCCAGCGGGUAGAUCCAGUCGAUGUUUUGCGCGGGUGCGAUAAAGUGGGCGUCAAAGUCCCACAAUUCUCGUUCUCACGUUUGGCCGGAGCCGAUGUGAUGCUCGGUGUUGAAAUGGCCUCUACAGGAGAAGUGGCCUGCUUUGGAGAAAACCGGUAUGAAGCUUACCUGAAAGCUUUGAUGAGCACUGGCAUGGCUAUACCUAAAAACAGCAUCCUUCUCUCCGUUGGCAGCUAUAAACAUAAAAAUGAAAUGCUUCCAAGCGUCAGGACAUUGGAAAAGCUCGGCUAUAAAUUGUACGCAAGUCUUGGAACGGCAGAUUUCUACAACGACCACGGCAUUACGGUGGAAUCUAUUGAAUGGGCUUACGAUGACAUUGGAGAAAUUACCAGUAAGGGUCAGCUCAACAACAUGGCUGACUUCUUAGCCCAUAAACAACUAGAUCUCGUCAUUAAUUUGCCAAUGCGGCAUGGAGGAGCCAGACGGGUGUCUUCCUUUUCCACUCACGGUUACAGAACUCGCCGUAUGGCUGUUGAUUACGCAGUGCCAUUAAUAACGGACAUCAAAUGCGCCAAGCUUCUCGUGGAGGCUUUGAGAUUAGUGGGCAAAGCGCCAAAGCUCAAACCACACGUGGACUGCAUGACAUCACGUCGAUUAGUUCGCAUUCCGGGUUUGAUCGACGUUCACGUCCAUUUACGUGAACCUGGCGGCACUCACAAAGAGGACUUUUCAUCUGGAACUGCAGCUGCCCUUUCUGGAGGUGUCACUAUGGUUCUUGCCAUGCCGAACACGCAGCCAACGAUCACUGAUAAGGCUGCCCUUCACCUCAUCAAAGAGCUGGCUAAGAAAGGCGCCCGUUGUGAUUACGGCAUUUUUAUGGGUGCGUCAUCAACUAAUUUCGAGGAAAUAAUAGAACUCGCACCUCACGUUGUUGGUCUUAAAAUGUACCUCAAUGAAACAUUUACUACUCUGAAACUAGACGGGAUUCAGCAAUGGCUUAAACAUUUCGAGCACUGGCCAAAGGGAGUGCCCAUUUGUGUUCACGCUGAGGGAAGGACGACCGCAGCCAUUAUUUUGCUUGCAUCUCUCAAUAACCGUUCGGUCCAUGUUUGUCAUGUGGCUACUCGUGAUGAAAUUGAAAUCAUCAAAGCUGCAAAGAAAAAGGGUUUACCUGUUACCUGCGAGGUCUGUCCGCACCACUUGUUUCUGACUGCCAAUGAUAUGUCCACCUUCGGCAGCAAGGGCGAAGUCAGGCCACGGUUGGCCAGUCCCGAGGAUCAACAAGCACUUUGGGAAAAUUUGGACUUUAUCGAUUGUUUCGCCACCGAUCACGCCCCACACACUUUGGAGGAAAAAAUGAGCGAUAAUAGCCCACCUGGAUAUCCGGGUUUGGAAACUAUGCUGCCCUUAUUGCUUACGGCCGUGAAUAAAGGACAAUUAACCCUUCAGGACGUCGUCAACAAGUGCCAUCACAAUCCGAAGCGCAUUUUCAAAUUGCCUGACCAAUCCAACACUUAUGUUGAAAUUGAUUUAGAAGAAGAUUGGGUCCUACCAGCUGCAAAUGUCUUUUCAAAAGCCAAAUGGUCACCCUUUGCUGGGCGGAAAGUGAAAGGCGUCGUCAAGCGCGUAGUGCUUCAUGGGGAAGUUGUCUACAUUGAUGGAUCUAUUAUUGCUCAACCAGGGUUCGGACAGGACGUUCGCGAACCAGUGGAUCAAUCUAAUUUCUCGAUUCCACACAUGGAAUUUUCCGAUUUGGGUGAUCCUAGAGUGACACGCUCUGGAGCUUACACCGGUUCUAGUAGCCAAACGACUGGCGCAGGUGAAGAUGACGUCCACUUUCAUCGACACACGAGCGAGACUCGUGAACUGUAUGGGCAGAUGUUCAGCGAACUAGGAAUCCCUAAGAUACGAUCGCUGUCGGUCGGGCCAACUUUACCGACACUCCGGGUCUCACACCCACAGCAACACCUAAACGAUUCAUCUCCAGUUGGCAGGCCUGUGAGCCCAGCUUCCCGGGCAUACGACAGCUCCAUCUUGUCGCCACCGCAGGUGAAGGGCAUUUCGGCCCGUCCGGUUUCUCCUUCCGCACCUCAACCCACAUCGUCAAGCUUUUCCGGGUCGGCUGCAUUACCUCACCACGGGCUACAAGGCCAGUGCAUCUUAACAGUGGACAUGUUUUCCAAAGAGCAACUCAAUGCGAUUUUUAAUCUGGCCCAGACAUUCCGGCUUUGCGUCCAGAAGGAGCGCUCACUCGACCAUAUCCUCAAGGGCAAGAUUAUGGCUUCAAUUUUCUACGAGGUCAGCACUCGCACCAGCUGUAGCUUUUCCGCCGCGAUGCAACGGUUGGGUGGCCGUGUAAUUUAUAUGGAUGAAAGCAGUUCGUCAGCCAAGAAAGGCGAAACGCUUGAAGACUCAAUUACGGUGAUGGCCAGUUACAGCGACGUAGUAGUUUUGCGCCAUCCGGAGCCGGGCGCAGUAGGGCGAGCAGCCGGUCGUUCAAGUCGCCCAUUGAUUAACGCUGGCGAUGGAACCGGAGAACAUCCAACUCAGGCCCUCCUGGAUGUAUUCACCAUCCGUGAGGAGAUUGGCACCGUCAAUGGGCUGACCAUCACGAUGGUGGGCGACCUAAAACACGGACGGACCGUGCACUCGCUGGCUAGGUUGCUUACUUUGUACAACGUUCAUUUGCGUUACGUUUCCCCGGCCAAUCUGGGAAUGCCAAAUGAAGUUAUGGACUAUAUCGGAUCAAGAGGAAUACCUCAGACCAAUUUCAGUUCGCUAGAGGAUGCUUUGCCGGAGACGGAUGUUCUGUACAUGACACGUAUUCAGCGCGAACGCUUUGCUACACAACAAGAAUACGACAAGGCUUGUGGCCACUUCGUCGUUACUCCGCAUUUGAUGCGAUUGGCCAAACGCCGUAUGGUAGUCAUGCAUCCGCUACCUAGAGUUUUUGAGAUUUCACCCGAUUUUGAUAGCGAUCCUCGUGCUGCAUAUUUCCGUCAAGCUGAGGCCGGCAUGUAUGUUCGAAUGGCCAUUCUUGCAAUGGUACUCGGAAAAUGUUGAAAUUGUUCCAAGUCGAAUAUCAAAAUUUGGACGGAUAUUAUUUGUUGGGCCAAAGUUUAAAAAAAAUUCAAUCUCACAA